AUGUUGGUAGACUUAAUAAAGAAGAAUAACGAAGCGUUAGAAAGGAAUGCACAAGAAACGAGAGAGAGGGAAGAAAGGUUACGCAAAUCAUUAAAGGAAGAGUUACAAGAAAAUAGAGAAGAAGGAAGAAUAUUCAGAGCAGCAUUAGAGAAGAGUUCACAAGAAACAAGAGAAUCGUUAGAGAAGCGUUUACAAGAAACUAAUGCAUCGUUAGAAAGGAAUUCACAAGAAACGAGAGAAUCACUAAAGGAAGAUUUACAAGAGAUCAAAACAUCACAAAUGAAGAUGGAAGAUAAUUUGAAGAAGGAGAUGCAGGAGUUACAAGAACGACUGAAGAUGGACAUCGACGAAAGAGAGAGGAAGCUACAGAGGAACAUAAACCAAGUCCAGGGAGACGUGGAGAAGGUGGAAGAAAAGUUAACAAAAAAGAUAGAAGACGAUGUUGAAGAAACGAAAGCCGAGUUGGGAGAAAGAAUCAACAAAGUGGAAACAAAUUGCAAUCACCGAAUCGCCGAGGUGGCACAGAUGCAGAAACAAUGCAACGAGGCGGUUAAUGGGAUAGGAGAAAAGCAAAGACAAUGGGCAGUAAAUCUAAGAGAUGCUGUAGCCAUACAACUAAAAGAGGAUAAUAAGAGGGUGGAAAUGGAGGUCAAGCAGUUACAACAGGGAGUGCAGCAUUUGGAAAGCAAGACAGAGGAAAUUGAUAGACGAAUUAGCAAUGCCACCUUAGCUGUUGGGGAAGAUGAGGUCCGAUCGGGAGUGAGAGCUACGAGGACCAGAAUAAACUUACUGAGACAUGACGAUGGUGGAGACCUCAGAGAAGAUCUACUAGAAGAAAGAAGUGAGAUUCCCAAAGAACCCAGGUUACCCAUGAUAGGAAUCAAGUUAUGUGGGCUGAACAUCGAAGCAUUAGUUGAUACAGGAAGUGAAGCAUAUGCAAUAUCCAAAAGAUUGUAUGAACAGAUACUAAAAGCGAAGGUUAACUUGCCUAGUUUCCCAGUGAGUGGAGUGAGGAUCGUGAACGCAGUAGGUGCAAAGAGUAAACCUAUUAAAGAACAAGUAUUAAUUACAUUCGAGAUAGAGGAAGAAGAAUAUGAAGCAACAUUUUUGGUAGUUACCGGAUUGAACACAUCGAUUAUUUUAGGGAUAGAUUGGUUAAAUGAAGUUGAUGCAGUAGUGAGUUUUGAUGAAGGUACUAUCAAAGUUAAAGGAAGAAAGGGCGAAGAAAAGAGGUUGAAAUUUGCUGAGGGAAAUGCGAUCGAGGAAGAGGAAGAAUUCAGAAGAAUAAAUUUAUGUCACGAAGAGGAAACCACCACGGGAUACGGGGAAGAGGAACCAGUAGCAGAAGUGUUGAUAUACCUUGAGGGACUAGCACGAGAAGAUAGAUAUAAAGAGGACAAAAUCAGAAAAAAAUUGGAGGAAAUGACGCACCUAGAUGAGAGGGCUAAGAAGAAAUUAGCUGCAGUAUCAGUAUUCGACGGAGGGCUGUCUCUUUCACUUUCCAUGACUGGACUGCAGCGAGGAAUUUCGGAGAGCGGCAGCGUGUUCGCACUGCAUUCCAGCUCUGGGGGCGUUUCCAGGUUACAAGGAGACGCGGGCCGUAUUUCUCACGCGCGCGUGCACCGUGUCUGCAAGCAGACGUAA